GAUUUCUUUUUUUUUUUUUCUUUUCCCAAUUUACGUCUAUGCUACUAAGGGCCCGUCAUUGAUAUUAUGUCAUCUGCUUCUCCAAUAUUGGUUGCUUGACUUGUCGUUUGUUCAUAUUUAUAUUUCUUAACAAGAAAUAAUUCCUGAAGUCGGUCAAACUAUUGAUGGAAAAAUAAAGCUCAAUAAUUUUUUUAGUGAUUUGGGUCCGGUGGAUGGGAUAGAUUUUAGUGAUUUGGGUUAAGUUAUUUUUUUUUUUUGACUUUUGAUUAAUAAAAAUUCAAUCAAUAAAAAAUUAUCACGUGUUAAGUUAAAAUGCUAAUUAUUUAUUUGUUAAGAAUAAAGGUAAAAUAGGGCCAAAUAAUUAGAUGAAAGUAUAUUUUAGAACCCAAGGUGAAUAAAGGAUAUAUUUACAUAAUUUUCAAUUGUUGAAGAGCAUUUUAGGCUUUUCGGAUAAAUCAAUUACCGUAAAGUGUUUUCCGAUAAAACCCAAAUAAAAUUAUAUAGCUCACCUACCAGUAAGGCAAGAUGAAUGGAGCCAAAGGAGAUGACAGAGCCGAAUGAGUGGAUAGAUCAACUCAGCCUCUUCAUUUACUAUUACCUUUUUAGCUCCUAGCCCCUAGAGCACCGUUUUAAUAACUUGUAAGAGACAAAUUAUAGUUCAUUUGAAAAGUGAAGAGCGUAAGUUUUUCCUUAGUUGGUAUGGCAGAUGGUAAAGAAGUAGGAGCUGCUGCACAAGUUAGAUCAAUAUUCAUAUACCCACUGAAAUCAUGCCGUGGUGUUUCUGUUUCUGAAGCACCCCUUUCUUCUACUGGAUUUCGAUGGGAUCGGCAGUGGAUAGUUGUGAACUCCAAAGGCAGAGCAUGUACUCAAAGAGUAGAGCCAUCACUUGCUCUAGUUGAGGUUGAAUUGCCAAAUGAGGCAUUAUUGGAGGACUGGGAACCAAAUGCAAGCUCAUUUUUAGUGAUAAGAGCCCCUGGUAUGGAUGUGCUUAAAGUCCCACUUGUUGAACCAUCUGAAGUAGCACAUGGUGUGUCUGUGUGGGAAUGGUCUGGCUCUGCUUUGGAUGAAGGAGAUGAAGCAUCAAAGUGGUUCUCCAAAUAUCUAGGGAAACCUAGUCGUCUCGUACGUUUCAAUGAAGUUUCCCAGUCUAGACCUACCGACCCUAAUUAUGCUCCCGGGUACAAAAUAAAAUUUAAUGAUGCAUAUCCCUUCCUCCUUACAUCCCAGAAAUCACUGGAUUUAUUAAAUGAACAACUCAAAGAGCCUGUGUCAAUUAACCGCUUCAGACCGAAUAUCCUCAUUGAUGGAUCGGAUCCCUUUUGUGAAGAUUUAUGGAAGGAUAUCAAAAUAGGUGAAAAUACAUUCCAUAGCACAGAGCUAUGCUAUCGCUGCAAGGUACCAACAAUCAAUCAAGAAACUGCAGAAGCAGGUUCCGAGCCAAGUGAAACGCUCAUGAAGUUCCGUUCAGAUGAAGUUUUAAAGACAAACAAGAAACCACAAGGCAGAAUUUACUUCGGUCAGCAUUUAGUGUGGGUGGAUUCUCUUGCACAAGAGAGAAAGACCAUCAAAGUAGAAGAUCCUGUUUAUGUCCUCAAGAUGGUUUCAUCCUAUGUUGAUGUAUCUGUGUGAAACCACAUAUACGUGAAUUAUUGUCUAGUAUGUCGUGUAUAAUUGUAGUUAUUGGCGUUGAAGGCGCUAGAGAGUGGACGAAACAUGAUAUAGUAACUAGCAAUAGGAAAGAGGAGCUGGACUGUACAACAGAAGGAUUCGUGGAACUCCUUUUAUUGAUGAACGUCAGAAAAAAAAUAACAUAACGUAGGUACGAGAUAAAGAACUUGAAAUUUGUGUCUAAUAAAUAAUUGUGCGGUUGCUUUUAUUCAAGGAUAACUAUAUAACUUUGCAAA